AUGCCGCGACGUCAGUUUGAGCGUCUCCAGGAUGAACCCGAUGACUUUGACCCAGACGAAGUCGAUCACAUCGAGCUGACCCAACCCCCCACCAUCAACACAGAGCAGACUCACCACGCUCACGCCACUGACAGAGCUGGACCCUCGCCCAUCAGAGCAGAGGCCCAGCCACGGAGGUCGAUGCAUCAAGUUGACAUGGACUUGGAGUGGCCGAUGAUCGACAUUCCGCAGGAGCUCAGAGAAAUGCAUGGAGAGGUCGACUCUAACAGCUGGUCUAACGCCCAAGCGAACGCUAUCAAGAACCCUUUCAAGCGACGGUUGUUUCUGUUACUAGAGGACCCCUCCUCCAGCAAUACUGCCUUUGCACUCAAUGUCUGGGUCUCGAUGGCGAUCGUCAUCAGUGCCGUCAUUACUACCAUCGAAACCAUCCCUUCCUUCCGGUCCACCGACAAUAAGGUCUGGUUCUACAUCGAGACGAUCAUGGUCGUAUUGUUCACGAUCGAGUUGAUUGCUCGUAUCAUCGCUCACUCGGAUUCAUUCAAGCAGCUCAGGAAGUUUGUCCUUUCCCCCCUUGCGAUCAUCGACUUUUUGUCCAUCAUACCCUACUUUAUCGAAAUGGCAUUGACCAGGGACACGACGGUGUACUUUCGAUUUUCGAUCCUGAGACUGUUCCGACUCUUGCGGGUAUUCAGAACAUUCAAGUACUCGUCGACGAUCAUUAUGACCAUCGAGGUCAUGAUUGUUGCUAUCAAACGGAGUAUGGAUGCCCUGAGCGCCCUAUUUUUCUUCCUCAUUACCGGUACCAUGUUGUUCUCUACACUGCUCUAUUUCGCUGAGCGAGGAGAGUGGGAUGAUGCAAGGCAGGUGUUUGUGGAUGCGAACAACAACCCGAGUACAUUCGACAGUAUCCCUUCAGCGUUUUGGUUUGUGAUGGUGACAAUCACGACGACAGGAUAUGGCGACAUGGUGCCGACAACGUUCAUCGGGAAACUGAUUUCUUUCCCGGCAAUGAUGUGCGGUGUCUUGCUGAUUACUCUACCAUCGAUUAUCAUUGGACGGAAUUUCACGCUUGUCUGGGAAGCCAUGCAGCAGUACCGGCGAAAAGCGGAAGCUAAUACUCGUGAGCAAAACGGGGAUGAUACUGGCGAUGAGCCAAGGAGGAGCUUUGAUAGCUCGCAUUCAUACGAGGAAGAAUCAUCGCGGCCAGGAUACUCGUCUCUGACAGGGAAUGGGACUACACCUGGGCAGCAGGAGGUGAUGGAUCGAUUGCAGGCAAUGACACAGGUGCUGAAGCAGAACCAGCAGGCUAUGGAUACUUUACAGCGAAUCCUUGAGUCGCAUGACCUCGUGCCCAAAAAGUCACCGUUUGAAGAUCCAACACGGCUUUAA